AUGCCUCAUCACCAUCACCACGACGAUCAUGGCUGUCAUGGUGAAGCAGGCCAUGACCAUAGCAAUGAUAUCGUCCCCGCGGUCCAAUCCCUUCUUUACAAACAAGUUGACUUCGAUAAGAUUGUCACCAUGAACGAAUCUGAACCUCAAGCUGGUGCUGCGAUCGUGAAGAAGACCUGGGACCAACGCCUACAAGAUGAGCCUCAGCUUGAAAGUGAUGCGGAUGAACAACUACUUAUGCAUGUUCCAUUCGCCGGCCAAGUGAAAUUACACUCUGUAUUGAUUUAUGCCGCGCCGUCGCCCUCAGCUCCCAAUACAGUAAAAUUAUUUCGAAAUCGGCCCGACCUUGACUUUUCUACUGCUUCGGAUCUUGCACCAACCCAGACGAUAUCUGUCCCUCAGUCUCUAACCGGCUCACAGGCAGACGUACUGGAAAUGCCUCUUAACCGAGCACUCUGGAACGGGACAACGUCAAUCACCAUGUUCUUCGAGGACAACUGGAGUCAUGGUGAGGAGGAUGUUACUAAAGUCGGAUAUGUUGGCUUCAAGGGGGACUUUAUGGCUGUAAAUAAGGAGCCAAUUACCUUCCUAUACGAAGCUGCUGCAAAUCCCAAGGAUCAUGCGGUGAUCCAAGGCGUUGAUGGGGUUGGCAAAACCAUCGGAACCGGAAAGUAA